UUCCCCUGCGCUCUUCUUUGUUUGGGUUUUCCUUCUCCUCAGAGCUCCCUGUCCCUGCAGAGUGGGACCCGUCCUCUACUGAGACAGAGCACUGUCCAAUCUGCGGCGUCCAUCUAUUGGGAGCUCCACAGAAACCAGUAACCAUGCUGACGGUUUUGGCGCUGGCGUCCGUUGUCCUCCUGGGAAUAGUGCCGGAGCAGUCCCAGGCCAUCACUAUUUACACCGGCUGGGAGCGCCACGCCCUGGUGGGCUCUGACAUCAGGCUCUCCUGCUCCUUCUUCUCCUGGCGCUGGAUCUCGGAUGACGUCACCUUCUCCUGGACGUACAGGCCCGACGGCUCCCGGGACAGCAUCUCUAUCUUCCACUACACCGGCGGCGAGGCCUACGUCGACAACAAGGGCCCCUUCAGGGACCGGGUGGAGUUUGUGGGCAACCCGAGUCGCCGCGACGGCUCCAUCCUGAUCAAGAACCUGGACUUCAGCGACAACGGCACCUUCACCUGCGACGCCAAGAACCCCCCGGACAUUGUGGGGCGUCCCUCCAGCGUCCGCCUGCUGGUGUUUGAGAAAUUGCCCAUCCAGGCAGGUGUGAUCACGGGAGCGAUCAUCGGUGUGGUGCUGGGCCUGCUGGUGCUGAUCGUGGUCAUCUACUACCUGAUGAGAUUCCUGGUGGCCCGCCGUGUCUUCAGCCUGAACGUCAGCAAACAUGGCAAGAAAAAGAAAGAGGGAUCACAGCAGAGACAGGGCCCUGCGCCUCCUGCUGACCCCUCCAAGGUGAAGGCCGCCGCCUCGGAAAAGAAGAAGCAGGAGUCUCGCAAGGAUAAGAAAUAGGAUACGGGGAGGGGCUGGGGCGGGCUCGCCGCACAGCUGCUCCAGCCCGCACGCCAGGUACUGGUGAUGAAGGCCCAGCCCAAACAGCAGGACAAGCA